AUGGAUUUUAUAGUCAUCAGCCAAAUCAUAUUUACUGUAUAUGCAGGCGGGAGCCCAUCGCUAUGGAUCUGCUCCUGCAGGUCCAAUGAUCCAUGGCCACAAGCUCAGAAACCUCAAGUGAAGCAAUCUGUGCCGCUGACUUCUGUAAAUAAAUCAGCUGCGCAGAAUGAGGUUAAGACAGCAGAUUCCAAAACAGCGGAGGGGACCGGACAAGCAACUGGGAGGGCAAUUUUGUUACACAGUGCUAAUGGAGUGGGACAUGUCGUUCAAGAUUCACCCAGUGGAAAAUCUCCUGUGAUUGUUAUCAACUCAGAGGCUGCGGCUGACAAUGGUGGUAAACUUGACCCAUUCUCUCAAGAUUGUCUCGAUGCACAUAAUAACUAUCGAGCUAAACAUGGUGUCCCACCUCUGAUGUGGUCACGUGAUUUGGCAGAAGGGGCGCAAAACUGGGCGGAUCAACUGGCGUCCACUGACUCCUUACAACACGAUGAAGUCGCCAUACAGAACCGGAAGAUGGGAGAAAACCUGGCCUAUUUUCAACCAGCCGUUCCGAAAUGCGAAGGUGCCAUGGUUGACAAUUGCGUCAACUGUCGAGAGAUGGUCCAACGGUGGUACGAUGAAAUUAAGAACUAUGAUUUUGAUAAAGGAGGCCCAAAGGCAGCCAGGGGUGCUUACAAACACUUUAGUCAGUUGAUCUGGGCUAACACUGCUGAACUGGGGGUUGGGACCGCGGUCAGUAAGCGGUAUGGCUUUAUAACAGUGGCACGAUACAGGCCGACGGGGAAUGAUGGCGGAUUUGAGGAGUUUAUAAGGAAUGUUCCCCCAGAAGGAGGACCUCUACCAACAUUGUCAUCACCACUUCAAGAUAAUUCAAAACGUGAGGGAGACGUAAAAAUGUCCUCUUCCUCGGAGAAAUCUGCAGUUUCCUCUGAAACAACAACAAAUUCGGUUGCUCCACAAUCAGCAAACAGACAUUCAUCUACAGCCGACAAAAAUCAGAGUAACACGCCAACUGUAACGAGCGGGGCUGCAGUUUUGUCCAAGGGCGCCAAACUUGGAAAUGAACCGACGCCUGUUCAACCGAUGAACAAAGAGCAGCAUCGCAAGGGUGGCUUUGUGCACACACUGACAGCUAAUGACGGAACGAGGGCUCAGGUGUACCUCAGCAGAAAUGGAGCCCAUGCGGGCAUAGUAUUCAGAAACGAAAUAUCCAGAGUGGCUCCCGAUGAGGAUACAACAGGAGUGAAAAGGACGAUAAAAGUGUUGUAAAAAAGUUUUUUUCCGUCAGGAAUCUGUCUUAACACCGUAGACUGAAGAGUAGGUGUCAGGUCGUUUAGAACUGAUAUUCCAGUCAAAUCCUAUAACGGCACCAAAUACAAAGAAGCAAAUAAUGUUCUAAAUCCUUAAAAUAACGAGAUCUGAUCAACAAUUCUCCCUCGUAGAAUUUGUACAUUUACUCGUAAACUUAUAAAGAGAAUAUGGGGUUGUAUCAUAUUAUAUAUAUCCAGGCUCUCCUGGGUAGGAUGGUUAGUUUAGAGUCGUGAGGGGGAGGGUAGUAUGGUUAGUUUAGAGUCGUGAGGGGGAGGGUAGUAUGGUUAGUUUAGAGUCGUGAGGGGGAGGGUCGUCGCAGUUUUGAAGCAAACAGAGUUCCACCUAUUUGCGCCGUGAAGGAUUUAGAAAAUGCCGUACCAUCACGUUAAUUGCACUUUUAUUCAUUUUCGUUACAAUACCAGUAAUAUUUACAAUCUUAAAUUCCGGUUACCUUGAAUAUUUAUGUCUCUGAAUACAAUGUUAAAGAUAUUGUUUCAUGAAGAGAAAUUAAGUGUUGUACAGGAAGGGCUUGCAAAGGUUAUAAGGGUUCACAAGGCAAACUGGUUGAGAGAAUACAAUGGAAAGCUUAGGACGGUUUUUAAGUCAAAAUGUCACUCGUGCGAUACUCUAACAAAGGUGCUGCAAAAAUAUUGAGGGAAAUACUAAAAUUAUGACAAAGAUAAAUGUGUUAAUAAUGAAAUGGUAUGAGUAAAUCAAUAUGUUGAUGAUGGCGAUAUCUUGCAAAAAUAAUAAAAUUGACUUUACAUUUAAGAUUUCAAUUGUUUGCUGCGUUUUUGGA